CGCAGGCCUGUCUCCAUGGCAACCUGCGCGCAGCCCAGGCACCUCUGCCUGGCGGGAAGCGCGGGUGCUGUGGCGCUGGCUACAGGCAGGGCUGCGAGCGCCGAGGGCCCCGGGCGGUCGGGGCUGCUGCAGGAUGAGACCCUGGGCGUGGUGUCCGUGCCUUCGCAGUGGAGGGGCGUCCAGGGCCUCCGCGGGGAGACGAAAAGCUGCCAGACGGCCACUGUCGCCACUGCCGAAGCGUCCGCGCAGACCCGGAGGCACGCAGAUGCCGAGGUGCAGACCGAGGCUGCUGUGUCCGUGGACUGGCCACCUGCAUCCCAGCACGACGGCCCCCGACUCGCAGCCUUUCUUCAGAGAGUGGAGGCCAUGGUUAUCCGGGAGCUGAACAAGAACUGGCAGAGCCACGCCUUCGAUGGCUUCGAGGUGAACUGGACGGAGCAGCAGGAGACGGUGAUGUGCCUGCACACCCUGGGCUACCCCCCCGCCCAAGGGCAGGGUCUGCAUGUGACCAGUGUCUCCUGGAACAGCACAGGCUCCGUGGUGGCCUGUGGCUAUGGCCGGCUGGAUGACGGGGACUGGGGCACCCUGAAGUCCUUCGUGUGUGCCUGGAACCUGGACCGGCGAGGCCUGAACCCCCGGCAGCCAUCGGUGGUGGUGGAGGUGCCCAGCGCCGUCAUGUGCCUGGCCUUCCACCCCACACGGCCCUCCCACAUUGCAGGUGGCCUGUACAGCGGCGAGGUGCUGGUGUGGGACACAGGCCAUCCCGAGGACCCACUGCUCUGGCGUACAGGCCUGACAGACGACACGCACACGGACCCUGUGUACCAGGUGGUCUGGCUCCCCGAGCCCCGCCACAGCCACCGCUGCCAGGUGCUGAGUGUGGCCACUGAUGGGAAGGUGCUGCUCUGGCAGGCAGCCGGGCCGGGCCAGCUGCAGCUCACAGGUGGCUUUGCCCUGGUCGUGCAGCAGCUGCCACGGAACACCAAGCUGAAGAAGCCGCACCGUGGAGAGACCGAGGUGGGAACCACGGCGGUGGCUUUCUCCAGCUUCGACCCUGGCCUUUUCAUCCUGGGCACGGAAGGCGGCUUCCCGCUCAAGUGCUCCCUGGCAGCGGAGGCGGCUGCUGCCACACGGACACCGAGCUCCGUGCCCCUGCGGGCCCCGGCCCAGUUCACCUUCUCUCCCCAUGGUGGCCCCAUCUACUCCGUGAGCUGCUCCCCCUUCCACAGGAACCUCUUCCUGAGUGCAGGGACCGACGGGCACGUCCACCUGUACUCCAUGCUGCAGGCCCAGCCCCUGACCUCCCUGCAACUGUCCCACAAGUACCUGUUUGCCGUGCGCUGGUCCCCUGUGCGUCCCUUGGUGUUUGCAGCAGCUUCUGGUGAAGGUGAUGUGCAGCUGUUUGAUCUCCAGAAAAGCUCCCAGAAACCCACAGUUUCAGUCAAGCAAACCCAGGAUGAAAGCCCUGUCUACUGCCUUGAAUUUAAUCGACAUCAAACUCAGCUGCUGGCUGCUGGCGACGCCAAGGGUGCAGUGAAGAUCUGGCAGCUGAGCACCGAGUUCACUGAGCAAGGGCCGCGGGAGACGGAGGACUUGGAGCUGCUGGCAGUGGAGGUGGCCGCCUGAGGCCGCGGAGGGGCGUGUGCCUGGGCAUGAGGCUGGUGGGGCGAGGUGGUGUCUGAGCUGUUUCUGAUGGAAGCUCAAUGAAGACAGACAAGUUUUGGGGGCAGA